AAUAUGGUAUCCUCACAGGUGUUCACAACUGAUCCAAUGGACACUGGUGUACCAAGUGUUUCAGCGGAAGUAGUGCCCCCAAAACCACCUCUCGCCAUGCCCCCAACAGUGACUCCGGCCCUCACAGUGCCCCUGACAGGAACCAUGGCCCCCCCUGUGCACCUAACAAUGAUGCCAUCUACAAUGUCACCAAGUGUUGUACACCCUGCCGUGCCUCUUUCUGCUAUGCCAGCCCUCACCUUGCCACCAACAGCAAAACUGGCCCCUGCUAUGCCUUCACCAGCAAUGGUGGCCCUUGGCUAUUUAGAGGCAAUAAAGCCCUGGGAAAAAGACUGGAAUUCAAUCCAGAGCCAACUGCUCAAUUAUGUGCUGGACACAGGACGACCAGGAGCAGAAAUAAUUGUGAAAGAAGGGUCCAUGUGUCUCACACGAGAAGAAUUCUGGAGUUUAGGUUUACUUAGAGACAUGGAUUCUAAUAUUGGGAAUGCCUGCAUGAAACUGAUCAGUGAAGCAGCUUCUCUGGUGGGCAAAGACGUUUAUAUCGAAGAUAUGUACGUUGUUCCUACAUGGAAACACAAUCCAACCAACAUAGUUGCCAAUUUUCCAGAGGAUGUCGACAUGAAAGACGUUUUAGUCUUUCCGGCUUGGACCAAAGCAAAUGGACCAGAGCACUAUGUUCUAUGUAUCAUGAAGCCACUCCUGAGAGAGCUGAUCUUUUUAGACUCCCAGUACCCAAUGCAUGAGUCUGGUUUUGGUGACGAUGAGUAUAGAGCCAUAUUUAGGAAUAUUGCUCAGCAAAUUGAUCCUGGGAGCUGGAUUGAGAAGACUGGCCAUGAUAUUGUGGGCUUACCACAUCAAAGCUGUGGAAAUGACUGUGGAAUUUUCAUGCUAAUGUAUACCCUUUCCAUCAUAACAAGCAUGGGUUUUGAAUUCCAGGAGGUGGACAUGCCUUUGAUCCGAAAGUGGUGGUGUCUUCUACUCAUGGAGCGCUUCAACAUAGAAGGCCAUGGCCAAAGGUUUGCCUUCUGGACUGAUGAGGCCAGAAAAUUGCUAAAGGGAAUCAUUCUACCAGUGUAUAGAGUUGCAAAAAAGAGGGCUAUCACUGAGGAGGUUCCAGUCCACGUGCAGGCUGUCGCUGACCGUGACGAAGAAGAAAAAAGACUUGUGGACUUCAUUGUGCGAUCACAUGGAGCUGAGCAGCAUUUACUGGGUGUACUCAAUGGGAAGCCUUCUAAGUGGUUUCCCCAAAGGCCGUCUUCCAAGGUGCCUGUCUAUCUUGACAGUGAGGAACAGCAAAACACCCUAUUUGCCCAUCUGAAGUCAGUGCUGCAGAGAAUGUCUAUACAGCUGAGCUUCACAGAUGAAGUGGAGUUCAUCCUCAGUGUUCUAUUUCCAGAGGCCAUCACAUAUGGCCUGGCUGCGCUGAGGAAUUUAUCCCUGAAACAGGCUGAGCAGGUCUUCAUCUGCGGUCCAGUUUAUCAUCACAGUGAAGUAGAGGACUUCAAUCAAAAAAUAAACAAACAACUGAAGAAAGAAGGAAGGCCAUUUAGUUGAAGUCGUUGCGAUCCAAGUCCCUGGAUAAAAAAAAACAACGUUAAUGUGUGAAUUUUAAUAUUUGAAUUUUGUUAUUAUUUCAAAUACAUUUUAUAACCCCAA